AUGAGCAAUAUUACAUAUUUUUCUAAUAAUAAUGACUUGACUUCAGACGAAUCCGUACAAUCUACUUGUUCAGGAAUUUAUAGUCAAAUAGGACACGAGGAAAAUUGGCAAAACUCAAGUGAAGCUAUCACCAGAACUUCCAAUAGUAGCAAAGCGAAGGGGAGCAACCAUCUUGAGAACUCUAUUAGCCAGACUGAAGAUCUCAACCAAUUCUAUCACCAUUUGAUAAAUACUGAAUCUGUUAAUCUCCCGAGGUAUGGUUAUAUGAAGUUUCAGCCUGAGAUAAAUAACCAAAUGAGAAAGAAUCUAGUGGACUGGAUGAUCGAGCUACACCUCAACCUUGAACUAGCUCCUGAAACCCUCUACUUAGCGGUAAAUCUUAUUGAUAGAUAUUUAGAGAAAGUAAAGAUCAAGAAAGACAAAGUCGAACUUGUCUGAAUCACUGCCAUGCAUAUCGCCUGAAAGUAUGAGGAAGUAGAGGAUCCUCCCAUCCAAGACUAUGUGGACAUUACAGAAGGUUGUUAUUCAAGGGAGGAGAUCAUUAAUAUGGAGCGUAUUAUGCUUAUCAUACUUGGCUUUAACAUCACAGUGAUCUCUCCAUACAACUUUAUUCAGAUAUUCGCAAAGCUAAGCGGAGAGAGUGAAGAAAUGUUCUAUCUAUGCCAAUAUAUGCUUGAGCUUGCUCUACUUAAGUACAAGAUGAUAUUAUACAAACCAUCGGUCCUUGCUUCUGGAGCUUUGUAUCUUUCUCAUAUAAUUUUAAUGAAAACAGAAGAUUGGCCUCUCAAAGUACAACAAUACACCUGUCUUGAAGACGAAGAAGUUAUCUCAUGAGCAAAAGAUAUGUAUAUUUCAAUACAGAAGGCUGGCUCAUCAUCUUUCCAAGCUGUUGUAGAAAAGUUUUCCUUGCCAGAGUUUGGUGAGGUGGCUAAGAUACAAAUUGAUACUAACUUAGGAGCUCUGCUUCAAAACUUCGAAUCUAACUUGAAUGUAAGUUUUUAA